AUGGGUGGAGAUCUUAAUUUGAAGAAGUCAUGGCAUCCGUCGCUGCUCCGCAAUCAGGAGCGCGUAUGGCAGCAGGAGAAGCGCGCUCUGGAGGAGCGCAAAAAGGUCGAACAACUUCGACGUGAGCGAGAAGAAGAGCGUCAAAUCCAAGAGCUGCAACGUCUUCAGGAAGCUUCGGGCAAAGCCGCGCCUCAAUCACGGGUCGACUGGAUGUACCAGGCGCCUUCCAGCUCCACAGGCCAUUAUUCGGAGGAGAUGGAAGGAUAUCUUCUAGGCAAGCGACGAAUCGACGGUAUCCUGUUGAAGAAUGAUGCAGACAACCAGAAGCUCGAAAAAGGUGCGGACGUGGUUGGGGCCAACGCGGCGGCUGGUCCGUCGGUCGGCUCUGCGCGUGACACCAUGACCAAGGUUCUCAACGACCCACUUCUCGAGGUCAAGAAGAGAGAGCAGGCCGCGUAUGAAGCUGCUGUCAUGGAGGCCGCUCGGCGAAGGGAAAGAGAGGCGCGCCGCAAAGGUGAAAGUGGUCGUGAUCGAGAUCGGGAUCAUCGCCACCGAGAUCAUGAUUCGAAGCGCCGACGAUACAGCGAUGAUAGAGAAGAUGAUCGUCGACACAGAUCGCACCGCAGUGACCGCCGCUAUCGCUCAAGAUCGCCUGUCUCCCCGGAGAGGACGCACCGGAGGCAUCGAAGUGAGCGUGACCGCCGCAGGGAUGACAGACGUCGAGUUGAGGAUAGGGAUCGUCGCCAUGAGGAUAGGGAUCAUCGCGAGGAUCGACCCCGAGCGGACCGCGAUCGUGAUGAAUAUUCUCACCACGGGGAGAGGAGAGAUUCGUAUUCCAGCCGUGCAGGCGAUCGAGACUCUGGAUCAAGGCGCAAUCAUGACCAGGAUCACGAGGGAUCUCAACGCAGAUCCUCUCCACGUCGAAAAUCACCGCCCGCAACCCGGGACUCAAAGCGCCAUGACUAUGCGAGCGAAGACCGUCGCGAGCCUCCCCGACGAGACCACAUCAACCGCAAUGAUUCUUUCCAUCGCAGUCGUGGCCUGCCUCCCGGCCAAAACGGAUCCAGCAGACCAGAUCCCAAGAUUCAAGAAGCCGAGCGUCUCCGCAAACUUGCAGAGAUGCAGUCGAAUGCGAAUGAUCUCGAGAGUGAACGACGUCAACGCCUUGCGGACAUUACUGCGAAGGAGGAACAAGAGAAAGAGGCAGACGACAAGCAGCGCUCAGACCGCGGUCGAUUCAUAUCCAAGGUGCAUCAACGCGCGCAAGAGGAUAGUCUUGACGAGCGCAUCCGACGCAGUCGCGGUGGACUUUCUAAAAUGGACGAGGAUUAA